GUGGUUCGCGAAUCGGGAGCAGACUCAACAUCCCGAAGCGACACCCGCGCUUUGUUAUCCAGCUGGCUCUGGAGUUUAUUUUAUGUUGUCCGACGCGAUCGCAGGCGGUUGCGCCACAUCGGCGGCGCCCACCGCCGCCGGCGCCCCAUCCCUCUCCUUCCGCCGCUCCGUCUCGAGCCUCCGCCUCCCUACGCCGCUGCCCUCGCCGCCUCCGCUCCGGCAGCACCUCCCCGUCCGCGCUCUCGCUUUGAAGCGAAACCCCAAACGCUUGAAAUACUCCGCUCCGCGCUUCUUCAAGGAUGGGGAGAGGAUGGUAUACGUGGAGAUGGACCCUUCGGGAUCCGAUGGUUGGAAGCUGGAACCCAUUAUCAAGCUCAUCAAAGAAGGAGGCGUCGGUGUGAUCCCCACCGAUACCGUGUAUGCUGUGGUUUGUGAUCUGAAAAGUCAUUCCUCCAUUGAACGCCUUCGCAGAAUUAAAGAAGAGGACUCAAAGCCCCUCAGUAUUUUAUGCCGCUCAUUUCAAGAUAUAGAUACUUACACGAUGGGUUUCCCACGGGGUAAUGCUCACGGUCAACCAAAUAUCUUUCGAGCUGUAAAGCAUUGUUUGCCUGGACCAUAUACCUUUAUUCUACCUGCAAGCAAGCAGCUGCCAAAACAAUGCAUAAAGCCUGGGAUGGCAGCUAAAUAUGCAUCAAGGAGGCAUGUUGGUGUUCGUAUUCCAGAUGAUUCUAUCUGUCAAACCAUAUUGCAAAACUUGGAUGCACCUUUGGUUUCUACAAGUGUAAAGUGGCCUGAAAAAGAUCAGUGGAUGGUGGAUCCCGUUAUCAUUGCAGAUACCUAUGAGCCAGAGGGUCUUGAUUUUGUUGUUGAUGGUGGUGUGAGAGUGGCUGAUCCAUCGACGGUAGUUGAUAUGACUGGAGCUUGUCCAAAAGUCAUUCGGCAAGGAAAGGGACCAAGGCUAGACUGGAUGGUGGUGGAAGGUGAAGACUCUGCUGCACAAGAGGAGUUGCCUUUUCUUCAAGCAGCUUGAGAAUAUCUCCAACUAACCAAAUACAACAACCAAUCUUUGCUCUUGGAGUUGACUGUAUAGUCUCUGAUUUGAAACGAAAGCGCAUGAUAGUUAUGAGUUUCCACAUGUUGUUCUAACCUAUGUUAUAUUCAUGAUACGACAUAUUGCUAAUUUGAAUGAACAGAUACGUUGUGGCAUCCUAGUAUUCA